CUAAAGGAAAUGUUUAGUGUUUUCAAAUUAAAAAAAGUGAACACUGUCAGUAAUACCAAUUAGCAAAACUUCAAAAAUAAAAAAUCAAGUGCUUCCCAAUUCAUUUAUAAAACUAAUUUCCAUUUGUCAUUUCCUAUUACUAAGUAUUAUCUAUUUCCGUAUUGUCAACGGUUAAAAACGAGCUCAAAGAAAUAACCUCUUUUUUUAUGAUAUCAUAAAAGAAUUAAAGUUAUUACACAGCAGAAUGGCACCUCGUGAAAGUAUAUUUUCUAAUCUUCCGCCCUCCAUCUCUGAAGUAACGAAAGCUAUUGAAAAAAUAGAAGUACUAGUUGCUGCAAAAAAGCUGAAAUCCAAACUGUUCUAUGAUAUGUUAUUUGGAUUUCGUGUGUUAGAGGAGGCAAUGCAAAAUGAACAAACGGAAGCUUUCAAUCUGGUCAUAAAAUGGCUUGACCUAUUUUUGAAAAUUCAAACUAAUAUUUCAAGUCAAAACGAUGUCAUACACUCCCAGUUUGAAAAAGUUAUCCCUUCCGCUGUGACAUAUAUUAUAGGUUGUCUGCAAUAUAAGGCAAAAGGAGUAAUCUCUUAUCAUUACCAGCUUUUGGAAAUGAUACACGAGUUAUUGAAUAAGGCACGGCCAGAAGUACUUGAAAAGUUGGCAACUUUCGAAACGGGUGUGAUUGCUUGCGUUUGGUUUCCAAUUGGUUUUGUUGGCGACUUUAACACACAAAUGAUGGCUUUGCGUUUAUUAGCGAUGCUAUUAAAAUGUGUUGAUGCAGCUCGACUUCAAAAUGAACUAGAUAGCAUUCGUUGUGCCGAUAAAUCUAUUUUAAAAAAUAAACUAACCGCUGCGAUAGCAGUUGCGAAUUUUCACACAGCUAAGUUCGAAAAUACUGCGAGAGAUUUACUGAAUACAUAUAAUAUGCAUUUGGCUCAAAAUAUACUUGUUUAUUCGUUUCGUUGUAAAACUUUCAAGUUUGAAAACAAUAUUGAAUUUUUUAAACCUAUGAAUGCCGAAAGUUUCUGGUUGGAUUUAAAUUAUUGUCCCCGAACUCUCUCGUUCCAUGGUCAAUGUAAAACUAGCAGGAACUCUGGAUAUAGGAAUUGUUCAGUGAGCCUGCAAAUUACAAAGCUUUCACUUAGAAAUUUGAAUCUCACCGUAGAGUUUCAAGCACCCAUUAAAUUUACUGCCGAAUCAAGAUAUUUUCCCAACUUAAGUAAUCUGACUGCUGCAAAAAUUACUUUGCCGAGAGACGAGUCUAUGCGUUUAAUGGAAAAUAAAUAUAUUUUAAGAUACUUUAAUGAAUUUCAACGGUCCAUUUCACCAAAUAGGAGUAUGUCGAUUAUUAAAUUACAUGAUACAUCGACCCCUGUACAACUAGCAAGUCUUACUGAUGAACCAAUAGCCGACGAGGCUUCUCCUUCAGCCAUUGACAAACCUUCAUUUGGCACCAACAAGGAUUACUCUAAUAUCGAAGAUAUAGAAAACAAAGAAAAUGUACCACCGACAGAUACCAAUAGGAACAGACCAGGAACUGAUAAUACGAAUUCCAAUAUGAUUUCCAAACAAUUUCAAAAAAGUUAUGAAUUAUUGAUAGGAGAUCGUCAUGAAAGCAACUUUUUAUGCAAAGUAAAAUCUAAAGUUGAAAAUAAAAAUAAUAAUCAGACAAUUGCAUUGACGAGUAUGCAAGCCGCUGCAACACCAACAACAAACAUUGAUAAAGAAGUCAAUAAUGAAACACCUAAAAAUAAUAAGAUGACGAGAAAUACUCGGCGAAAAAUAGUUAAUUACUCAACAUCUACAUCUGAAUCCCAGCUCACUUCUCAAAAUUUUAAGCAACCACAAAAACGUUUUUUUAAAACUCAAAUUUCGAAUUCUGACUGUGAAUACGUACCGUAUAAAACAAAACGAGUUUAUCGAAAACACAAGCAUAGAGCUACAAAAGAAAAAACCCCCAAGGCUGCAACAAUAAAGUCUAAAAUAGUAAACGAAGUCAAGCCAAUGCUAAAUUCCAGUAAAGAAUUUGAUAAAUUAGCUGGCGACUUUAGCGAUAAUCAUGCACCCAGGGCAACAGCCAUUAUUUCCAAUGAAAGAAAAAUGAAUGGAACAAUAAUAGACCUCACUGAUACAUGCUUGUCUGAUUUGACCACUAAUAUUUAUGAGAAUCUCGUCGUUAGUGAUGCAGAGCCGGGAAAAUCUUACCGUAACUUUACGCUUAGACGUAAUCCAAUUGAUUUUGAAAAUGCUGUCGUCGAAAAACAAAGAUCUCGAAAGGCAUUAAAACGUUCUGUAAAAGAAGAUAAUCCACCUGAGAUAAGGCCGCAGACAUUAUGUGCACAAGUCAAAUCCGUAACUAAACGCUCAAGGAACAUAUUUGAUGCAAUCAAGAGAGAAAAAAUUUCUCCACCGAAGAUCAAAAAAACGGUAACAACUUUAUCUAAUGAGAUUGAGAUUGCCUAUCCGGCGGAUGUAAAUAUAUGUACUUCCUCUAAUCAAAAAUUUUCCGAUGAUGUGCUCCGAAGUUGCACAUCUACUAAGCUAAGGAAUAUUCCUAAACAAAUACUUUCGAAAAAUCAAAAUUCAAUAAAGGAGCUACCAAUAACUGAACCAAAUGUGAACGAGGUACCCACAACUUAUUUUCAAACAUUUGAAAAUACUUUCACCAACAAUAAAGAAAAUGAAAAUAAUAUUCCCUACAAUUCAUCCAAAACAACAGUUGUCGGCAAAUUAAAUGAAGGCUUAAGUGAUGAUAUACAAGUUUGUCGCCGGGACGUAACGCAAAAUAAUAUCUCCAACGUAAAUGAUUAUGAUGAGUUUAGCGAUUACCCAACAUUUUCACCUUUAAUUGAUGUCUCUAACAUGAUGAUUUCAUCGGAUUGUGAAUCAGCUCCAGAUGUUACUGUUGAAACAUCUCGAUUAACAUCGACUAACAACAAUUUACUAACCACACCUACACAAGAAAUGUCUCCGGAUCCACCUUUUCAAAUACGUGAAGCAAAGAAAUUAAAUCCACAAAAAAGUGUAAUUUAUUGUUCACGCUCAGAAAGUGAUAGCGAUAGUGAUAAGGAAUGUACUACAAUCUCAAAUAAGGUACCAGAAGUCAGAUCAAUGCAACCCUUGGAACUAUCCAAACAUGUUUUUUUAACACCAAAACUUCCUUUACAAAAUUUUCGACAAACCACUAGCGUUACGAAAUGCCAAAUUACUACAACAGCAACUUCUAUAAUCACACAUCAAGAUCAUGUUAUACAUCAACAGAAUUUCAUUGUUAACUUAGAUACCUCAUCGGACACUCCGCUUAAUCUCUCAAAAAGUUGUUCGCGAGCAACUACAAGUACAACAACCACAACAAAAACUAUAGUAGAAGAAAAGCAAGAAUUGAAUAUAAGUAAUUCGAACCAGAACCAUAUGAAUAUUACGGCGCCAACACCAGAAGUUCUAAAACACGAAUCUUCAAAUAUGAUUGCCAAUUACAAAAGUAAUUUAAAUCUGCACCUAAAUCAGAUUGAAGAGAAUAUUUACAUAAAACCAGCUACUGCUUAUAUUGAAAAAAUUUGUGAUAUUGGUGAGAGUAUGAUGAAUGAGAUAGAAUGCGAACGUAAAUCACUAUUGGAACUAGAGGCUAACACUGAAAGACUUUCUCGUCAACUUGGUUGGCAAUAUGAAGCUUUUCGGGAGAAAACUCAACAGUAUAAAUGUUUUAAACAAAAUAUCGAUGCACUUUUAAGUGUUAUCAGUAAUAUUAAGUUAUCAGAUGAGAUUGAAAGCGAAACUCGGCAUAAAAUUCAACAACUUCAACAAGCAUCAGAAUCUUUGUGUACACAACAAUGGCGAAACUUUGUUAACGAAACUACAGAAAAUUUACUUAAAGAUAUCUCCAGAUUAUCAAAUUUGUAAAAAAAAAAUUGUUGAGAUAGAGAUGGAGAGUU